GCUUGGCCCCUCGGCUUCUGUUCGGCACGUGCAUUCGCGUUAUUUACUGUUUAAUAUUCUUUUUUUCCUCUUUACCGUUUUUAUCUCUCUCGCUCUCUCAUUCACGCAUUUACGCAACAUCAUCAGAAAUCGUACACAAAUCAAAGAAACACGCAAACGCAAAAGCCCGUUCUCGUUCAUCUCUUUACCAUUUUCUAAUUCCACUUACUUCGACAAUCGUGCUGCGUCAACGUCGGACAGCCGCGAAGGAAAUUUGCUACUCGUUUUUCCUCACGCCGUCCUUCACUCGCACACACACACACACACUCGUGUUAAUUAUCAAACUAAAACAACCACACCAAAAAUACAUUCUUUAUUAAAACGAACACACACUGAACAGACAUUACUAAGAAAAAGAAUCCCCAAUCAGCAGAAAUGGAAGGCCGCCGUCACCACACUCCCGUCACGAUGACGCAGUACAUCAUCAAGAGCCAGCCAAAGAACAGCCGUGGCGAGUUCACGCUCUUGAUGAUGGCCAUUCAGACUGCCGUGAAGCUGAUCGAGAAGAACAUCCGUCGUGCCGGUAUGAAGGGCAUUCUCGGCUACAUCGCGGGCAACACCUCCAACGCCACCGGCGACCACCAGGCGAAGCUCGACGUCAUCUCGAAUGCCGCAUUUAAGGCCUACCUCCUCAGCUCGACCAGCGUCUGCGUGCUCGGCAGCGAGGAGGAGGAGCAGAUGAUUCUGGCCGACCCCAGCCACUGCGGCGACUACAUGAUCUUCUUCGACCCCCUCGACGGCAGCAGCAACAUCGACGCCAACGUGUCGGUCGGGUCGAUCUGGGGCGUGUGGCGGCUGCCCGAGGGUGCGCAGAUCAAGACGGUCGAGGACGCGAACCGCGUGAUUAAGAUGCUGAAAGGCACCGACAUGGUUUCCGCCGGCUACGCCAUGUACGGCAGUGCGACGAACCUCGUCAUGACAACGGGCCGCGGCGUGGACGGCUUCACGCUGGACCCCAACAUAGGCGAGUUCAUUCUCACGCACCCCCACAUCAGCAUCCCGAAGAAGCGCAGCAUCUACAGCGUCAACGAGGGCAACUUCGGAAAGUGGGAUAAGUGGUUCCAGGACUACAUCAUGUACCUCAAGAUGAACAAGACAACGCUCUACUCGGCGCGCUACAUCGGGUCGAUGGUGGCGGAUGUCCACCGCACGUUGCUCUACGGCGGCAUUUUCUGCUACCCGAAGGACGCGAACAAGGUGGAGGGCAAGCUCCGCUAUUUGUAUGAGGCGGCGCCGAUGUCGUUCUUGGUGGAGCAGGCGGGUGGCAAGGCGAUGGGGGCCAACGGGCGCGUCCUGGACGUGAGCGUGACGCGCCUGCACCAGCGCACCCCCGUCUACCUCGGCAGCCGGCAGGAAGUGGACUUGUGCAUGGCCUUUAAGGAGCGCGAUGACCAGGAGAAGGCGAAGCAGACGCAGAGCAAGCUUUGA